AUGGCCACAGCCAACAUGCCCAAACCGGCGCAUGCCGACGCUGACACUCUACUAUCUAGGAAAUUUGGCAAAGAAACCGUUAAUUAUUUCUCUAGUUCCCCCUUAAAUCGGGUAUCGUUCCUACGCUCUGAUAACCUUCUCUUAUCGAGUGCUCUGAAGCACCCCUCCACCAAAUUCCUAUUAUUCAACCAACUGGCGCCACUUUCUCAAACAUUUGCGCAAUUAUAUUACGCAUCAUACCAGGAAAUAGAGGCGUUCGUCCCGCUAAAUAUAUUUGAUAAACCGGAAAAGGAGAUUAUUCAGACAUACGACUCUGGCAAGGCCGCCCCACUAGUUGUGUUCCUAGGGUUGAACGAAUCGCAGCCAGAAAAUGGAUUUAGCUAUAAAUCCUACAAAGGAAAUCCAUAUUUCGCGGUGGAUAUCACUCCCCGUGGCGCAUUGGAGGAGAAAGCCAAACAUAUCAUUGAGGCCGCGGAAUCCAAGGGGCUCAUUUUUAACAAGGCAAGGAUACUUACUGACUUGCCUCCGGAUGAUGCUGCUAUAUACGCGCAAGCACGCCAGAUAAUAGACUGGAAUGUUCGCAAUGCAUUUUGCGGAGCAUGUGGCCACCCGACGAUCUCUGUAAAUGCAGGAUCGAAACGGGCUUGUCCGCCAACUGACCUGGGCCUUCUUAAAAACGGUUCAUCAACCGAUAACUGUCGCCCCCCUUGCCACACUCGCAACACUAUCUCGAACCUCUCAUUCCCACGGACAGAUCCCACAGUCAUUGUAGCGGUGGUAUCCCACGAUGGGAAAAAAGUGCUCCUAGGGCGUCAAAAACGAUACCCACCAUGUUGGUACUCGACGUUGGCCGGUUUCAUUGAACCAGGGGAAUCUGUCGAGGAUGCCGUCCGCCGUGAGGUCUGGGAAGAAUCUGGAGUUGUCGUAUCACGCGUUAUCAUCCAUAGUACUCAACCAUGGCCGUAUCCGGCCAGCCUUAUGAUUGGCGCGAUCGGCCAAACCGCGAAGCCUGAAGAUGAGGUGGUGAAUCUUAGUCACGACCCGGAGCUGGAAGAGGCUCAAUGGUUUGAUAUUGCUGAGGUUGAAGAGGCUCUAAGGACAGGUGUGAGCUCUUUUGGAGGGCCAAAGCCUGCUGGGUACAAGGAAGGCACUCUGCGGCUAGCACCAAGCACGGCCAUCGCAUACUUUCUCAUAGAAGCUGCUGCAAAGACUGAGCUUCUCGGAAAUCAAUAUUUACCAAGAAUAUAA